AUGUCCACCCAACCCAGCUCACAACAACCGGACCGUCGCAUCCUCAAACCAAGCGGCACGAACGACUCGCCCCGAGCCCAACAAUACACCAAAGGCCAACUAACCAUCGACCAGCUGAAUGCGGACCCAACUACCCAAUUCCAGAUCUGGUUCGACCACGCCCAAGCGGAGAAAGUGCACCAGCCGGAAACCGUAACAUUAUCCACCGCGGAACUGCCCUCAGGUCGCGUAAGCGCCCGGAUGGUGUACCUCAAGGAGGCCGAUUCGAAGGGCUUCGUAAUCUACUCCAACUGGGAAACCUCCCGCAAAGCCUCAGACGUGUCGUCGAACCCGCAAGCAGCCCUGACGUUCUGGUGGCAAGAACUGGAGCGGCAAGUCCGGGUCGAAGGGCCCUGUCAUCGACUCACGGACGAGGAAAGUCAGGUCUAUUACGAUACGCGGAUCCGGGGUUCGCGAUUAGGUGCGUGGGCUAGUAGGCAGAGUGCGGUGCUUGAGGAUCGAGGGGUUUUGGAGCGGCAGGUGGAGGAUGUGGAGAGGAGGUUUGAGGGGGGGGAGAAGAUUCCCGUGCCGGGGUUUUGGGGCGGGUUGAGGGUUGUGCCGGAGAUGGUAGAGUUCUGGCAGGGGAGGCCGAGUCGGUUGCAUGAUCGGUUUAGGUAUUGUAAGGAUGGGAGUGGGGAGUGGAAAAUUGAUAGACUUAGUCCGUAG